UAGAAGUUAUUUCUUUUCUUUUCCCGAAAACUAAUCGUUCAAGCUGAAUAAACAGUUCAUCAAAUGUAAGAAUGUCAUAUUUUGUUUAAUGAGUUUCUUUCCCUUCAACACUGAGUCUGAUUUAAUGUCGGACAGUUCAGGAAAACAAGAUUUUUUUUUUAAUUCAGUGUAUGUAAAUAUCUGGGAUCAUUUAGGUUUGGGCAUUUGUCCACAGAUAUGCGGUCACUCCGGGUCUGGAAUGGGUCAACAUGUCUUUUCACUCUUUCCCUUCCUGUCUACCUCAGAUGAAAAGAAGAACAACGUCCCCCAGGACUUUGACAUCGACAUGGACGACCCCGAGACGCAGAGGGCCGCCGUGGCUAUCCAGUGUCAGUUCAGAAAAUUCCAGAAAAAGAAGCAGGAUGUGAAGUCGUAGAACAAACGUCGUCAGACUCGUCGCUCUCCUGAUAUGGUCUCGGUUUUGCAUGUCGAUCAAACUGCUGCACUGUCCAGAGCUGCGAGGAGAGAAGGCUGAGGUCGGGGCUUUUUUGGGGGGGGGGGGUCCUAGAGGUCAGGGUGGGCGGGAAAAUAUCACUGUAAAAGUCUGUGUAAAUUUUACAAACACUAAAACAUCUGAUAUAAGCAUC